AUGACAGCAGAAGUGAUACUAAGCCCAAUCCAGGCCAAAGGCAGCUCUGGGGACGAUUCCCAUACCCUUACCGACAUAGUGUGCGUGCAUGGUCUCGGAGGUGACCCAUAUCGCACAUGGGUUGCACUGGGGACUUCCACCUUCUGGCCGCAGACUCUUCUUUCUGAGGACGUCCCAGGACUUAGGAUUCUUACCUUCGGGUAUCAGGCUCAAGCAACGCACUUCACGACCGAGGUCAUUUCUCAAAGAGCAGAAAAUCUGCUCAGAGAGCUGGUGGAGCGGCGCGAUUCGGAUCAAAAGAUCGGUCGAGAACUCAUAUUCAUCGCCCAUAGUUCGGGUGGGAUCAUCGUAAAACAGGCGCUACUCAUUGCCUUAAACAGCUCCAAUAACACUUAUCGGGAGAUCCUACAUUCCACCUUGGGAGCCGUUUUUCUCAGUACGCCUCAUAGCACCCGAGCUGAAGACAUAAGAAAGGUACUCCAGUACGCUAUAUUUGCGGGAGGCAUUCGAGUGGAAUCGGAUAUUCCAGGGCUCCUGCGCAAGUCGGUUGCCUCGUGGCAAGCUAUUCAGCAGACCUUCGAGGAGUUGCACUCACGAAAACUGCUCAAUAUCCAGGUUGCAUCGUUCUUUGAAGAACUUCCUGUUCCUGGCUUUGGCCUGGUAAUCGACAGCAAACCUCCAGAGCUUGGCGUAUCUGACUGGUACAGGUUGUCGACGAACCAUCAGCGGUGCCCGGGCACUUUUCUUGUGUACCCUUGUACGCAGACCACGAGCUCCACCGAACCAAAAUACCAGCGAGUAUUGGGAGAACUGAAGAAGAUCCUUCGCCGGAAGGUUGAGGAACCAAGAGCACUCAACCGGCAAGAACAAGAGUUCCUGGCACGGCUCAGAAUUGACAACGGGAGCCAUAUCGCCAAUCCCGCUUAUGAAGGUACCUGCAAUUGGAUUUUUGAGCACAGAGAAUUUGUGUCCUGGUUGGAACAGGAUCAUUCAUCUUUCCUGUGGCUGAAGGGCACUCCUGGGUCAGGCAAAUCGACACUCGUGAAACAUAUUACUCAAGAAUUGAAACAAAGGUGUUUGAGUUCGAACGCCAUCACAGCCUCAUACUUCUUCCAUUACUCCAGAGAUAUCCCUGGCAGAUCGGCUAGGGAAUUGUUUCAGUCUUUACUCUUUCAGCUGCUAUCACAGAUUCCAAGUGUGAUGUCUGACUACGUUCCCCGGUUCCAGCAGGGAUGGGAACGUUACAGCAAGCUUGGCGGGAGUGGCGAGCAGCGCGAGCAGUGGCUAGCGAACAACCUAGAGGAUCUUUUGGAGAGAUCUAUAUCGAAAAUAUCCGACAGUCACAAGCUUUUUUUUUUCAUUGAUGGCCUUGAUGAAUGCUCAGGAGAGGAAGCUGUCCGAGUGUUAGCUCUUUUCUCAUCGAUUCAUUCAAAGGCGUUGGGAAAUGUAGUCAGAUUGUGCGUCUCCAGUCGGCCUCGUGCUAAUAUUGAGCCUUUCUGCUUUGCACAGCAUCGGAAGAUAUUCCUUCCCAAUGAAAAUUGCCAAGACAUCCAGCGAUUCACGCAACUGAAAUUAGAGCGACAGCUACGACUCUCCAUUCGAAACCCUUACAUCUUGGAAUCGUUAGUCAAGAGAGCGUCAGGAGUGUUUCUCUGGGUGAGCCUGGCAUUGGACAUUCUCGCUCAUGGCAGUGAUACGGGUGAAAUAUCAGAACAAACGCUAUGGGCGAUUCCUAGUGGUUUGGACGAUGUCUACUGUACGAUUCUGGACCGACACAUCCAAAAUGAACGAGACUCAGACGGCCUUGUCAGAAGAAUUCUCACAUGGAUCACCUUCGCCAGACGACCACUUUUGGUUGAGGAACUGCAAGAAGCGUUACAGUUUGGUGCGUUGCCACGUUUUGCUUCUGGCGCUCUACCAAAGUCUCUAGUUUCGGUAUCCAAAGCCGAUAAGGCACGGGUUAUCACAGAGCUUUGCUGGGGCUUUGUCGAAACCAGAGAGUACCAGAAGCUAGGAACGAUCUCGGAGCUCGGGAUGGAUGGCGAAACGUCCUACCUUGUGCUGCGGUUGGCCCAUCAGUCUGCUCGCGACUUUCUGCAGAAUGCCAAUUGGUCCAAGGCAAUGGGGACUAGCUCUAAGGCAGCUUCGGAACACGACUACCUCAAGUGUCCUGACUUGUACAUCGCAGACAUAUGCCUUCAGUAUCUCUACUUCCACGCAGAGGCAAGUUCCACGGCUAGAUUCGUGGUCCAGCAACGUUCAAAAUAUCUAUUGCUGCCGUACGCCACGAUGUACUGGCCAGAACAUGCAAAAUUGGCUGAUCGACCAAGUUCCUCUUAUCAACUUCUGCUCCGAAACUUGCGUUGGCCAUCGACUAGAAUCAUCAGCCACUGGUCGCUACUUUAUCAACAAAGGUCCAACGACAACGCGAUCUCUGCCGGCGGAGGAUGGACAGUCGAACACGCUGCUGCCGCUUUCGGACUCUACAAUUUGGCCUUGGCUAUGCACAAAGUUGAUAGGUCUAUCAAUGUGAAUUGGGAUGUUAGGGAUGCUGCUGGCCGCACACCGCUAUCAUGGGCUGCCGAAAAAGGGCACUUGGCGGUUGUACGACUGCUACUCCUGAAAGGAGCCAGCCUCAGCACGAGGGACAAUCGUCAUGGCCUUUCGCCUUUGCAUUGGGCAGCAUUACAAGGUCAUCAGAUGAUGGUUGAACUACUCCUCGAAGCAGGAGCUGACGUUGAUGACCGUAUUGGUGGGAGCACACCACUUGCGAUUGCCGCCGCGAGAGGUCAUCAGACAGUGGUGAAGGUUCUACUUGAGAAUGGGGCGGAUCCCAACCUGAUUGACAUGCACUAUGGGCAAGUACCUCUCCAUCUUGCUGCUGCUCGCGGCAACGCCCUCAUGGUCUCACAUCUCCUCGCUCACGGUGCCAAUCCUAAUAUUCUCGAUCGCUUCUCAAAGCGAACUCCAUUAUACUACGCCACCAUCAGAAGCCACCAAGAGAUAGUAGGGCUUCUAUUAGAUCAUGCGGUUGGUGUACCGUGCUCCGAAGUGGAAACCUUGACAGGAAGUGUGACCACAUGGGCGGAUCGAGUGAUCUAUGCAUUAUUGAGAGCACCUGGGGGUCUGCCAUUGUGCUGUCCUCGAAGUCCGGAUGCUGCUCCUGGGUCCGGUGCAUCGCCUCCAGAUAGAGGCAGUGAGCCAAUAAGUAGGGCAGCUAAAGAGUCUCAAAAGACACCUCCCAAAAGGGGGCGCGACGGUCAAGCUUCCGGAGGAGGCGAUGAGAAUGGCGGAUCUGGUGACGAUCCUAAUAAACACCCAGCUCUGGACCUCGCUCCUCCUUCUACCGGCAGGCCCACGUUGAGAUUGGCUUGUCCAUACUUCAAAUACGAUCCUGGAAGAUACGGCGCACAGAAGACAUGCCGGGGACCUGAUGGGUGGCCAGACGUCCGCCGUCUAAAGCAGCACCUGUACGGUAGGCAUUUUGCUAUAGUUUGCCGGCGAUGUCGGCAAAUCUUCCAAAGCGACCAAGGCCUCUCCGAGCACGCCACGGCUGAGCGAGCCUGUCCUGUGCAGCGUGAAAGAAAUUAUGCAGACGGUUUUGAUGAGGACCAGAAAUCCCUGCUCAAGUCUCGCACUAGAAAAAGGAAGUCUGGGGACGAACUUGAGUACUGGAAAGACGUCUAUCAAAUCUUGUUCCCCGAGAUUGAAACCAAUCAUAUACCGUCUCCCUUCUACACGGAUGAGAGCAUAGACUAUGCGUCUUACAACGAAUCAUGUGCCUACACGCGGCUACAUGAUGCUGAGCUCCAGGCUCAGCUCCUUGAGAUGGUCCACGACCCGACGCUUGUGAACCCCAUUUUGAACUUAAUCAAUAGCCACCAGUCCGCUGUCAUCAGACCACGGAGUAAUGGCUCUUCGUCAACGAGACCAGAUCCAGCAUCGACUCCCCAACGACAACCCAGGCAAGAUGAUGAGCUUGCCGCUAUUUCUCAGUAUCAACCAAUAGUCUUUGGUGAUGAUGUAUUCGGCUAUGAUGGAUCUCCAUUCUCUUUGCUUAAUCGAGAAUCCCGGAUUCCCCAGCCGUACCCGCAUGCACCGGAUUCAGGUUUCUUUUCUGGAACCCCUUCUGUAAAUCAGCCUGAUACUUAUCCCUUGCCUCUGCAAUCAGCUGACAUUGCAUAUGCUCCCGGCCAUCUUACUUCCCAUGACCCAAGGGACGUCAGAAGAGCUCCGGUGGCAGACAUGGUCACGACGGUGGUGAACCCUGGUUUGAUCUCUCAAAUACCCAGCCCAAAUCGGGACGAUGUUUUGGUAGAUACUGGCGGUGACUCUCAGCCCCUCUCGUGGGAAGAUGAACAGGAUCAUACCUUACGAGCCGGUCCAGGACAGGUGCCAAAUACACAAACAAUGGACCCCAAUGAACAGCUUCCUCUGACACACCCAUUCACCGAGAUGGAUGGGUAA